AUUAAUGUCUGCAUUAGGAGAAUGCCUUGUUCUAAAGACCAGAAUCUAUUGUGGAAAUGCAGAUGAUGAUUUAGUAAAAGCAUUGUUCUCUAUUUUCAAACCUCAAUACGAGUUCGAAUGCAAUCAAACUGGAAUUAUCAAAUCUCAUCUUGUGCAGUUUUCUGUUUAAAAGUUAUAACAAGUGCUUCAAAUUAAACGAUCUAUUUUGUAUACCUUUAUAUCGCUGUUAUUUAUUGGAAUGAGAGCAUUUAAUUUAUUCAAAGUUAAUAAAUUCGAAAAUUAAAUUAGCUUCCCAUUUUUUUUUCAAAUAAAGAUUAUCGUAAAGUGCAAUUGUCACAGCAAUCAUAUUAUAUGUAUGAAGUUAGAAUGAAAAAUUCAAUUAUUUUGAGCACCUGUUUCUAUUAUAAAUAUGUAAAUUUAUUGUCCAAAGUGAUUCAAAUUAAAUUACAUAUAGUUAUUUUUGUAUUCUCUUCAAAAUUUUAUGAAUGUCACCAACUGUGUAAUGAAAAGUGAGGCCAAAGCAAGCAAGAGAAGAGCAAAUUCAAUAAAGUUUUUUGGAGCCUGA